GCCGGCCGACACCCGCCCGAGACCCUCCGAAGGGCCGAGGCGCGCCGACACCCGCCCGAGACCCCCCGAGAGGCGGAACGCGGCGGAGCCCGAGCCGCGCGCGUGCCGGGCGGACGCUUGCGGAAAGAUGAAUUUGCAACUGGUUUUCUGGAUUGGAUUCAUCAGCUUGAUUUGUUCCGUAUUUGGCCAAACAGAUAAAAAUAGAUGUUUAAAAGCAAAUGCCAAAUCUUGUGGAGAAUGCAUACAAGCAGGGCCCAAUUGUGGGUGGUGCACGAAUACGACAUUUUUACAAGAAGGAAUGCCUACUUCUGCACGUUGUGAUGAUUUAGAAGCAUUAAAAAAGAAGGGCUGCCAGCCAAGUGACAUAGAAAACCCAAGAGGCUCCCAAACUAUAAAGAAAAAUAAAAACGUCACCAACCGCAACAGAGGAACAGCAGAGAAGCUCCAGCCAGAGGACAUAACUCAGAUCCAACCACAGCAGCUGCUCCUGAAGCUGCGAUCAGGAGAACCACAGAAGUUUACAUUAAAAUUCAAAAGGGCUGAAGACUACCCCAUUGACCUGUACUACCUUAUGGAUCUGUCCUACUCUAUGAAAGACGAUCUGGAGAAUGUGAAGAGCCUCGGCACAGAUCUGAUGAAUGAGAUGAGGAGGAUCACUUCAGACUUCCGCAUCGGCUUCGGCUCAUUCGUGGAGAAAACUGUGAUGCCGUACAUUAGCACCACCCCAGCGAAGCUCAGGAACCCCUGCACGAGUGAACAGAACUGCACCAGCCCCUUUAGCUACAAAAAUGUGCUCAGUCUUACUAAUAGAGGAGAGGUUUUCAAUGAACUUGUUGGUCAGCAGCGCAUCUCUGGAAACUUGGACUCUCCAGAAGGUGGUUUUGAUGCCAUCAUGCAGGUCGCAGUUUGUGGAUCGCUGAUUGGCUGGAGGAAUGUCACGCGACUGCUGGUGUUCUCUACGGAUGCUGGCUUUCACUUUGCUGGAGAUGGGAAACUUGGUGGCAUUGUUUUACCAAAUGAUGGGCAGUGUCACCUGGAAAACAACGUCUACACAAUGAGCCAUUAUUACGAUUAUCCCUCAAUUGCCCACCUUGUCCAGAAACUCAGUGAAAAUAACAUCCAGACGAUCUUCGCGGUCACUGAAGAGUUCCAGCCUGUGUACAAGGAACUGAAGAAUUUGAUCCCUAAGUCUGCAGUGGGCACACUGUCUGGAAACUCCAGUAACGUGAUCCAGCUGAUCAUCGAUGCCUACAAUUCCCUUUCUUCAGAAGUCAUUCUGGAAAACAGCAAAUUGCCGGAAGGAGUAACAAUAAAUUACAAAUCCUACUGCAAGAACGGGGUGAAUGGGACAGGAGAAAAUGGGCGAAAGUGUUCCAAUAUUUCCAUUGGAGAUGAGGUUCAAUUUGAAAUAAGCAUAACUGCAAAUAAAUGUCCAAAUAAGGAGUCUGAAACCAUUAAAAUUAAGCCUCUAGGCUUCACUGAAGAAGUAGAGGUCGUUCUUCAGUUCAUCUGUAAGUGCAAUUGCCAAAGCCAUGGCAUUCCAGCGAGUCCCAAGUGCCAUGAGGGGAACGGGACGUUUGAGUGUGGAGCCUGCAGGUGCAAUGAGGGGCGUGUGGGGAGGCACUGUGAGUGCAGUACAGACGAAGUGAACAGCGAAGACAUGGACGCUUACUGCAGGAAGGAGAACAGCUCAGAGAUCUGCAGUAACAAUGGGGAGUGUGUCUGCGGACAGUGCGUGUGUAGGAAGAGAGAUAAUACCAACGAGAUUUACUCUGGCAAGUUCUGCGAGUGUGAUAACUUCAACUGUGAUCGAUCCAAUGGCUUAAUUUGUGGAGGAAACGGUGUUUGCAGGUGUCGCGUGUGCGAAUGCUUUCCCAAUUACACUGGCAGUGCGUGCGACUGUUCCUUGGACACUGCUCCGUGUGUAGCAUCAAAUGGUCAGAUUUGCAACGGCCGGGGCAUCUGUGAGUGUGGGGCCUGUAAGUGUACAGAUCCCAAGUUUCAAGGGCCAACCUGUGAGACGUGUCAGACCUGCCUUGGCGUCUGUGCAGAGCAUAAAGAAUGUGUUCAGUGCCGAGCGUUCAACAAAGGAGAAAAGAAAGACACGUGUGCACAGGAGUGCUCCCACUUCAACCUCACUAAGGUGGAAAGCAGGGACAAGCUGCCCCAGCCAGUGCAGGUCGAUCCCGUGACCCACUGCAAGGAGAAGGACAUUGAUGACUGCUGGUUCUAUUUCACCUACUCGGUGAAUGGCAACAACGAGGCCAUCGUGCAUGUUGUGGAGACUCCAGACUGUCCGACUGGUCCCGACAUCAUCCCGAUCGUAGCAGGUGUGGUUGCUGGGAUUGUGCUCAUUGGCCUGGCCUUGCUGCUCAUUUGGAAGCUUUUAAUGAUAAUCCACGACAGAAGGGAAUUUGCUAAAUUUGAAAAGGAGAAAAUGAAUGCCAAGUGGGACACGGGUGAAAAUCCUAUUUACAAGAGUGCGGUGACAACUGUGGUCAAUCCGAAGUAUGAGGGAAAAUGAGCCCUGCUCAGGCCGAUUCCACAACACCGAGCUCACAGCAGCAUCGUCUUAGUCACGUAGGGUAGCUUUGGGGCUCCGUGGCCAGGGUUUGUUCACAUGCAGGUUUGGGAAAUGUACAAUAUGUAUAAUUUUUAAUUUUUUUUUAUUAUUUUGAAAAUAAUGUUAUAAUCCAUGCCAGGGACUGACAGAAGACUUGAGAAAGGAUAUUUAUCCUUGUCAGCUGAGUUCACAGUGUGCCUUUUUAACCCUUCCUCCCAGAUCAUUGGAAUCAGUGGCACUGCUGGGCGACGCAGGGCAGAGUUGAAGCAGCUGCAUCACCCACGUCUGCACCGCCACUGAUUGCCAGCAGAGUGCGGUCCCGCUGCUUCAGCCCAGUGCUGCAUCUGAAAGACACGUGUGCUGGCAGUUUCCAGUUAAAUCACUUUGACACAGUUGUUUUACAAAGGCCAUUGGGAAAAUUCAGAGAGGUGGAAGGAAAAACUUAGCUUUAAAACCUGUGUGCCAUUGCGAGUUACUUGAUCCUGUAACUCUGACGCCUUCUCUUUAUAAAUCCAAGCUUGGAUAAAAGUCCUGGGAACUCUUCAGCUAAGAAGUCCCUGACUUAGCACUAGUCACACAAAGGCCGUAACUUCCAUAGCAUUUGCUGAAUCGGAACCUUUAUAUGAGUUUAUUUUACUUUACUGUUCUGUUUAAUUCCUGGUGCUCCUUUUCACUUCUUCUAAUCUUUUCAUGUGUCUGUUUGCAAUUUGGGGUUAAGACUUUUUAUCAUUUUGUUUACUUGGCUGUUCAUUUGCCUUCCUCACGAAUACUCUUAAGCUGUCCUGCUGCUUGCAGGGCUACAGGGCCUGGGCAGGCCCAGCAGUUCAACCACUGUGCGCCUUCCGAACGCCUUCCCUGCUGCGCUCGCUCUCACCCUAGUCACAGCCUUGUUUUAAGUGCCUUUUAAUUUUGACAAUGCUAUUAACUGAAGUUAUUUAUUAAAAUAAAAAGGCCUAAAAUACUUAA